AUGUCAGCUCAUUACGAAUUCAAGUGGCCUCAAGGACCCGAAGAGGUUAUUGUAACAGGAACAAUUGACAAUUGGUCCAAGUCUUACACCCUCUUCAAACAUGGCGAUGGCACUUUUACAUUGCAAGUGCCAUUGCGAGUCCAAAACGAACCCAUUUUGUACAAGUAUGUUGUUGAUGGUGAAUGGAGAGUUAAUCCCGAUGAAAAAAUUACCAAGGAUUUCGAAGGAAAUGAGAAUAACGUGUUGGAUCCUGAGGAUUUAAAAGAAUUGGUUAGUAUUCCAGGAUCAUUGAUUCCAGAAUCUGGCUUGAUUUACAAUAAUUCUACAACAAAAGAUGUCGAGGCAAAUGACUUGAAUAGAGAUGCUACUGUGAGCUCAUCACAGGGUGAUUACAAGACCACAGUUAUGCCAAAGGAAGAGCCACAUCAAACAAGCUUGACUGGAGAACCGGGUAUUCAUAUCCCUAAAGGUAAGGACCAAUUGGCUGCUUUUGAACAAUAUGAGAAUACUGACCCCAAAGCAUUGAAUGAAGAUGUUAAAGAAAUUGGAACUGCAAACACUGAAUCACAAAACUUCAAUCAAGGUAUCCAAAUCCCUCAAGACACAUCAGCAUUUGAAAAGUUUGAAGAUACUGAUCCAAAGGCACUUAAUGAAGAUGAAGCUGGAACCACUGGUGUAUCAAACUCCAAAGAUUUAGGCACCUCAAAACAAGCUCAAGAUUCGGAAUCUGCAUCUGCUGGAGCAAUUGCAGCAGCUGCCGCAGCUGCCGGUGCCGUUGGUGCUGGUGCUGGUGCUGGUGCUACAGCUGCUGAUUCUUCCUCCACUCAAGGCGAUAACUUGAAAAAGGUGAAACGAGUCGAGUACAAAUCUAAACCAAAGCAGGAUGCCACCGGAAUUGAUCAAAGGAUUGACUCCAACACUGGUUCCAAGGAUGCAGAAUUUGUUCCUGUCCCUGCAGCAAUUGAGACUGGAAAUGAGGCAUCAAGCCAGGAUUACAAGAACGAUCCAAAGGUUACCCCUGGGUUUUUAAACCGUGAAGCUGAUGCAAACGAUGAAAUUAACAAGGAAGUGCGCGAUGAGUUUGAAAGCCCAAAGCACAAGGAUGCUAAUGCACCUGCAGCAGUGCAGCCUGAAGAUGAACAGCAGAAGGACCACUCGACCGGCAAGACUUUGGGCGCUGCUGCAUUGGGAGGUGUUGGUGGUGCUGGUUUAGGAUCAGCUUUAGCAUCCGACUCCAAUCAACAAGGUGAUCUUGUGCAUGGCCCAUUCUCCACCUCAAAAGAAGCUAAACAAUCUGUAUCAGAUCCAACCGCGUCCACGGCUCCAGUUGUUGUUGAUGAUGCACAUCCAAUCACUUUGGAUCCAAAAGCAGGCCAAGACAAACCAGCACCGGGAACAACUGCUCCAUCAACACUUGCAUCCGAGCCUGAAAUCAAGCCAGUAACUGGGUCCGAUUUAGGAGAAGGUAAAGAAGUCAAUGCGUCUCCAGUGGCAAAAGACCAAUCAAUUGUUGGUGGUGCUCUUGCACCAAAGAGUAGAGUAACUGCUCCAACAACUCCACCAGUUGUCGACGAUGAAGGCGAAGAAGAAAUCAUUAUUGCACAAGGAAACCAGGAUGAUAUUCUUGCUGCCGUUGAAGCUACUGAGGGUCACGAUGUCACUCUUGAAGAGAUUACCCCCACAAAAAGUGAACAAGAAAGACUCACCAAGGAGGCACAAUUGGCAUCACAAGUUGACGGACCAAUAACUAUUGAACAAGUUGUUGUACCUGAAGAAGAAGUCCUCAGCUCAAAGGGAUCAACUAAACUGAGCUCCAAAGAUAAUAAAGCAUCCUCCACCGCCACCACCACCGCCACCUCUAAAGCAACCACACCUAAGAAACAAAUUGCUGCUAGUGAAGUUCCUGUCAAGACUACAAAGAGAACGGAAAAAGGAAAAGAAGAUGAAGAGAAGAAGAAGAAGGGGUUUAGAACUUUUUUGAAAAAGAUUGUGCUGUAG